AGCCGGAAGUCGCUCGCAGAACUUGCGUAGAGCCGCUUUAUUAACGGCUAAGAGCCUCUCAGUCCAGCGGGCGUUGGAUAGAGAGUCGUCAGUUACUUAGCGGCCAUGGCGCUGAACAGGAACCAUUCGGAUGGAGGCGGUGUCAUUAUCAAUAACAGCGAAAGCAUCUUGAUGAAUUACGAGCACAUUGAAAUGACAUUCCAUGAUAUGGAACAGAUGCCAGAGGCAUUUAAAGGGACCAAGAAAGGCAGUGUCUUCAUGACUCCCUAUCGAGUCAUUUUUGUAUCUAAGGGAAAAGAUGCAAUGCAGUCUUUCAUGAUGCCCUUUUAUUUAAUGAAAGAAUGUGAAAUUAAGCAACCCGUGUUUGGAGCAAAUUAUAUCAAGGGCGUAAUAAAAGCAGAGGCAGGAGGUGGUUGGGAAGGAUCCGCAACGUUCAAAAUGAUAUUUUCAGCUGGAGGUGCCAUUGAGUUUGGACAGCGUAUGUUACAAGUAGCAUCUCAAGCUUCAAGAGGAGAAGGUCCCAAUGGAGCCUAUGGUUACUCCUACAUGCCAAAUGGGGGCUAUACCUUCCCACCACUUGCAACCAAUGGGAUAUAUCCUCCUCCUCCUCCUUCGGGAUACCCUUAUCCACCACCACCACCUGAAUUGUAUCCUGGCCCACCAAUGGAUGGUGCUAUGGGAUACAUGCAGCUUCCGCCUCCUCCCUAUCCUGGACCUAUGGAGCCACCUGCUGCUGGCCCAGAUCAUCCCACCACUCCAGCAGCUGAAGCUAAGGCUGCAGAAGCUGCUGCAAGUGCAUAUUACAACCCAGGGAACCCUCAUCAUGUCUACAUGCCCAUGGACCAGCCUCCUCCACCUCCUUACUUUCCUCCAGAGGACAAGAAAACCCAGUAGAGAACCAUCAUCACAUGUUGCAUCCUUUAUUGCCAUGUGGCUAAAUAUGACAGCGAUAAGAGCCACCUUGUCUUCCCCACCCCCACCCUACCCCAGUACAUGUAUCGCUCAUGGACAGAAAUGACAGAUUAUAUAUAUAUGCCAGUAGGAAAGUGUUUCUAAUGUUUUCCUGGAUUUGGGAAUGCACAGACACUUAAUACAUUGUUCUCCUCUAUAUGAUAUAAUGAAGGAGUCUUUUCCCCUAUCCCACCUUUUAAUUGUCCCAGAGAACAUUCUUUCUUGAAGAAAGACUACUUCAGCUGAAACUUAUCAACAGUUAUUGAAUUUGGUAGGUGUUGAUAUUUUAGGUGCUGCCCAGCUUAUUCACGGUGAAGCUUCAGAAGAAAAUUAUCUCUGAUCUUUUGAUUGGUUCUUCGUUGCAUGAACCCUGCCAUCCUCUGAUUAAGGAAGUUCACUGAUCUUCUGACAAAUUUGACAGCAUGUAUUAGACAUUUGAUUCUACUUGGACAAUGGGAUUUUCUGCCAUUUCUACAAGAUGCAUGUAUGGUAGCACAAACGCUUCACACUAUGGACAGCCUUGCCUACUCUCUUAAUACCGUGGCUCUUUCAGUUUUACAUUAACAAAGUGGUGGCUGCAUAGUUUUAGCCAGGAAAGCAUCUUUACCUCUAUAGUUAACAGGGUAGUUGAUUUGACCAAAUGGCUGAUCGUCCUACUACUAGGUGAUAUGGUUUCUAAGAGAAAAAAAUAGUCGUAUAUAAGCUUAUUUAUGUGUUUAGUUUAAUAUUGCACAGAUUUUAUUCCUUUAAUUUUGAGUGUAUUGCAACUUGAAGGAACAGAUUUAUUUUAUGGUUUUCAGCCAUCACACUCUCUGUGUGUGUGUGUGUGUGUGGUGAACAUCAGAUUACCUUUCAAUAACUCUUUGGUUUGACUUCAUACAUUCAAAGGCUUUGCUAAAAAAAACAGUUAAUGCCUUGUAGGGCUUUGCCUCUUUCCUUGAGUACAAGUCUAAUGAGUAAAAUGCCAUAUUCAGAUCACAAUAAGGCAAAAAAAGGUUUCUUGAAACAAAAUGUGGGGGGAGGGUAAGAGGUAGGUUAUAGGAAUUUUCUAUGGCAGUAGGUCUUUAGGAUGUUUGGCUUCCAAAGAUUUUGGAAACUUAUUGGACCAGUUGAAAUCCUAGUGCUGGCAUCCCCUCGUUUGUCUAAAAUAAUGAAAAUUAUCUCUUCAUUCUUUAACAUUAAAUCUGAUUUGAUGCUGAAAUUACACAGAUAUAAAACUUGUAAAACUACAUACCCUUACUGCCCUUGAUAAUAAAAAAUACUUGAAAUUGACAUUUCAAGUACUGCUACUACAAAACAAAAAUAAAAAAUGGCCUCACAAACUUGGGCCUUCUUUCCCUGUUGCUUCAGCCCAAGUUCUAUGUAGUGCUUGAAGCAACACCACUCCUUUCCAACUUUGGGUGCAUGUCCGCACUCUCCCACUUGGCAGUAGAUACAAAUUGCUUCCUGACUUUUGCUCCAGAUUGUCCUGGGGCAAAACACAACAUCCGGGAACAAGAACAUGGCAGAAUAGUGGGGUCUUUCUGCAUGCUUCUGCAAUGCUUAGUUUUUGCUUCCCUGACUUAGCACAAAUCUUUUGCUUUUAUUAAAAUUUAUGAACAAGCAGACUUGCAUUAUUUGGAGCACUUUGCUACACAUCUGUAGACUUGAGAGACAGUUCAGGUUGGAAGUACUGCAACAUAAACAUUCCGGUGCUUUUUCAGCAUCUGAAAAAAGUGUUGCAGUGCUCUUUCCUCUAGAAACUGAAACACUAACUGAUAACUAGGUUUUUCAGUCUGACUACAACAUAUUUUAGGUUUCUUUAGUACUGUAUGGUUUUUUGCAAAUGGUUUCUAGCUGACCUAUAAUAUACUUUUUAAAAAGCCAUGCAUUUUUCCCUAGAUUUGCUAUUUGAAUAAAAGUGAUAUAACCAAAUUGUUAUAUGAAACAUCAGUAUGUAUUUUAGAGAAAUUUUGUUAAUAUGGAUGUGAAAUGGCCCUCUUGAAUGCGAGGUUACCUUUUGAUUUGCUGAGACUGAAAUAAAACACAUGACAUCACA